AGCAUACCAUGGGUUUUGAUAUCUCUAACUCAGGGAUUCGACUUGGUCUUGGUCUUGGCCUCCAUGAUCAGUCAUCAGAAAAUUGCAUGAAGAUCAUUGAUGAUGAGCACAAGCAUAUACAAAGCCAGAAGAAAAAGGAAGAGGAUCCGUGUAAUAAGGCUUCGUACCCAUCACUUACGUUAGGACCCUCUCAUGAUGAGGCAAAUAAUCAACAAAUUACAAAGACUGAAUCGGAUGAAUAUUAUUAUAUUCAUAUUCAUCCACAUGCCUCUUCUCCAGGCGCAGUGUCUUCAUUUUCUAACUCUUCCAGCAUCAAGAGGGAAAGAGAUCAAUUCGCGGGGGAAGAACUUGAGCUAGAGGUAGAAAAGAUUCCAUCAAGGGUUGUUGUUGAUGUUGAUGAAAAUGGUAAGCCCAGGAAGAAACUUAGGCUCACCAAAGAACAAUCUGCAGUCUUAGAAGAUAGCUUCAAAGAGCAUUCUACUCUCAGUCCGAAACAGAAACAAGAAUUGGCAAAGAAACUGAAUCUGCGAGCGAGACAAGUGGAGGUCUGGUUUCAGAACAGGAGAGCCAGGACAAAACUGAAACAAACUGAGGUGGAUUGUGAGUUACUGAAGAAGUGUUGUGAAACUCUAUCAGAUGAGAAUAAGAGGCUGCAAAAAGAGCUGCAAGAACUAAAAUCGAUGAAAACAACGCAAGGACACUUUUAUAUGCAGCUUCCAGUAGCAAGCCUUACAAUUUGCCCUUCUUGUGAGAGAAUUUGCGGUGGCAACAACGGAGGGAUUAACAAUGGAUCCUCUCCCACCACGGCUUUGCUUAUUGGCCCGAAGCCCAAUCAACACUUCUACAAAAAUAACUAUACAUUCACUCAAUCAUCUGCAGCUUGCUAG